GCUGAGCCGGGGAAGGGGAGAACUGCGGAUGGUGGCGGCAGCUAUCAUGGAGACGAACAGCGACGGCCUGGUCCUUCGCCCGUCAGUCCGAGUAUCUCCCGCUCAACGACAGCAUUCGGCCUCUUCAUUGUUGUAGCCAAAUGUCUAGGUGCGCCGCGUGCGUCGCUAGCGCACCGCCUGGGGGUGUACUUGCCGCGCUGUGCCGCGUACAGGACCGUCUACGCCCUGGGCGGCGACGAAUUCGAGGAACCCGUGCCAUGAGGCCGUGCCAUGAGGCCGUGCCUAGCAUCAAGUGUGCGCAUGAGGUGCAUCAGGGUCGAGGUCUGUUGGCGCAGGAGGCCGGGAAGAACGGAGGAAGACGACGUGGAGAAGGAGGCCGACGAGAUGAUGGAUUUGAGCGAGGUGAUGUGGGAGACGAGUACGCGGCGUGCGUGGGAUCGAGCGGCCGCACAAAGGACGGGUUAGUGGUUAAGUGGGCGAUGCGGGCGAGUUGGACGGCGGAGGUGCACGUUGUUGGGCCAGGGCUGGUGAUGCGAGCUAUGGCGGUACGAAACUGGGCGCGAAGGGCGAAAUUGGUGUCUAAUGAAAGCUAGGGAAAAAUCCAUUCUGCGCAGAGUGGAAGUGGGGUUACAGGCAGCGCGGGGUAAUUUAACGAUUUUGCGAGAGAACUGGAGUCUGCCGUAGAGAAGGCUUCAACGUGUAUCACUAAGCCUACCCGUGUCACCGCACAGUCAACUGUAGAGAGGCAGGGCUGCAAUGUGGUUGCUGUAUUCGUAGAAUCUAAAGCUAAAGA